AGCAUCACUACCACCAAAACUCCUACACAAUCUCACCAGCGCCGCUGCUAUUAUACCACCACUACCUCCCACUCUCUUAAACUCCCAACAAUAAAGAUAUAUUUUUCUUGAACAUCCUCUAAAUCUUGUUUAAUUACUUUGACGGACAGCGCUCGCAAAAUGGCUGGACAUAAAUCCGGCACAACUUCCCGUACCGCGCCACUUGAAGGGGCUGAUUCUGAGAACGCUAGCCUCAAUGUGGGAUCGCGCGUUCCCUUGAAGCAGAAUAUUCCCAGAGACUAUGCUCUUGCAGUUUUUGGAGAAUUUCUAGGAACCUUCCUAUUCCUGUUCUUCGCAUUUGGCGGCACACAGGCAGUCAAAAUCAAUCAUUCUGGCAGCGGCACUCUCCCUAAAGACCCUACUAGCGCUAUCCCAUCACCGGACCUUCUACUUUAUGUGUCCAUCUGUUUUGGGUUUGCCCUUACCGUCAAUGUUUGGGUCUUCUACCGCGUCACUGGUGCAUUGUUCAACCCAGCUAUCACUUUCGGAUGUGUCCUUGUCGGAGGGGUUCCUCCUCUCAAAGGUGCUCUAAUCGGAAUUGCUCAAUUGGUCGGAGGGAUUGCUGCGUCUGGCCUUGUUGAAGGACUCACGCCCGGACAGCUAGCCGUUGGGACGGCUCUGGCGAAGGAUGUCUCUAUUGUUCAAGGGCUCUUUAUUGAGGUUUUUUUGACAGCACAAUUGAUGAUUACAAUCUUUUUGGUAGGGAAUCUACAUCGUGCGACCUUUAUUGCACCGCUUGGUAUCGGGUUUUCCUUCUUUAUUACCCAGCUCUUUGGGGUCUAUUUCACAGGCGGUUCACUCAACCCCGCCAGGUCCCUUGGACCAGCGGUUGUUACCGGCGAUUUCCCGGGCUACCAUUGGAUCUACUGGGUCGGUCCUGGCCUUGGAGCAGCCCUCGGGGCAGCAGUUUACAAAUUCCUGCUCUUGGUCAAUUACAAGACACUCAACCCUGGCCAAGACGACGAUGGGCUUGCUGUUGUUCGUUGCGAGGUCGGUCGUGGGGGGAGGUCCGGGGAAACUUACGAUGAGAGUCAGGUGGUUUCUGGCCCGAGCGGCAUAGUACCCAAGGGAUCUGACGAGAAUGUUUAA